CAGCUGUGCUAAAGUUUCAUCAUUUAAUUCAGAGCAUUUAUUGUUUAUAGCAAUUUUCUGAAGACAAACGGACAGUAAUAUAGUGGAGAUUAGCUCUAAAAAGAUUGUUAGCUGUCGUAAAGGUAACGGGGCAGACAUACAUGGCCGCCAGUUAGGAUGAAGCUAGAAGGUCUCUCUCAAUGCAUCAGCUAGAAGUGUCACUUCGAAAAUGGCUGACUGUUUUCAUGGAGACAGCCGCCCCUUCCCGGCAGCAUCAGCAGCAAGGACAUGGAUGAGAUGAGUCCCUCGUCUUCUUCAUCCUCUCAUCAUAAAGAUCGCAGAUCACUCCUGGCUGCCAUCAGAGGGAAGAUGGGAACGCCAAGGAGAGGAAAAGAGAAAGCGUUGAAGGCAUGGACAGAUAGCGCGACAAAAGAGAGAGAGAGAGGGAGAGAGAGCAGGUAGAGAGACACAGAGGACACAUUCCCCAUCACGGAGAAGAAGAAGAGCGGAGGAGAGAGUCGCCAUUGUCGCUAUUCCAAAGAUGAGCAAGAUGAACAUCUGAAGCUACCUGCCAUCCACACACUGCAAACGUUUCAUCCAGAUCAAGGUGGUCCAACCAGAUGGAGGUGAAUGCAGCAGAGAAACGGCAUCGAACACGAUCCAAAGGAGUGCGAGCUGUCGUGGACGCCGUCCCACAGGACUUAUUCAGCUGUCCAACGGCAGGUUGCGACGGUUCAGGACACGUCAGUGGCAAGUACGCCCGGCACCGCAGUGUGUACGGCUGCCCGUUGGCCAGAAAGAGGAAGGUUCUGGAAAGACAGCCACUGGAGCCACCUGCCAAGAGGAGGUCCUUCAUCACCUCCUGCCCUGCGGAGGAGGAGGAGGAAGAGGCUUCUUCGUACCACAGCUAUGAGAACCAAGGAUUGGUGGAGGGGAGAGAGCAAGAGGAAUUAAUGGAGGAGGAGGAUGAAGGUGAAAGGUUAGAGGAGGAAGAGUUCUCAGAGUACGAAGAGCAGCCUGAGGAAGAGGAGGAGGAGGAGAGGGCGGACACAACAAUGGAAGAAGAUAAUGCCAUGGAGGUGGGGAUGGAUGAAGAAGAUGAGGAAGAAUAUGAGGACCAUCAUCAUCAUCAGCCGCAGUUUGACUACCAGCUUAGUGGACAAUCAAAACUUAUUGCUGUCCAUAAGGAUGACCACAACAGUUGCAACCCCAGUUCCGGUCCUGGUCCUGGUCCAGGUCCCUGUCCCGGUCCUGGUCUCGGUCCUUGCGAGGACUACGAGAACUACGACGAGCUGGUGGCCAAAUCUCUGCUCAAUCUGGGCAAGAUUGCUGAGGACGCCGUCUACCAGGUCAUGACAGACUCAGAGAUGAACAGCAACUCAUCCAACAGCGGCGGCGAGGACGAAGACGAGGAUGACGCCAGCGAGCAAGGAGACCGAACGGCCGACCUUAGCGUGGACUUGAACAGCGAUGUCGUCAGGGAGACGGUGGACUCGCUAAAGCUUCUGGCACAAGGCCACGGCGCCAUUCUGCCUGAAGACGGCUACCCUGAAGGUGCCCUGAUGGACGGCAGCCACAUCAAUGGGAGGCCCGGCUUGGGCGGAGUCCUGGCGGUGGAGAGUGAGGAGGACGUAUGUCUCAGCAGUCUGGAGUGUCUAAGGAAUCAGUGCUUCGAUCUGGCUCGCAAACUCAACGAAACGCACCCGUCUGACCGGCCUGCUCUUCACCACCACCUCAAUAACCCCUUGGACCAGCAGGGGGCGCUUCAUCUCAGCAGUCCUCUCAGGUAUGACAGCCUUCAGCAGGGAUUGCAGGAAGAUUCUCGGCCUUCAGAGCGCAGCUUCUCUGACAUGGUGAACAUGAUGAGGGUGGAGGAGCAGCUGAGCCCAGCGUCUCGAGGGUAUCCCACCAGCUGCAGCCAGGAGGGCGAUGAAGACACCACAUCUGUAGCUUCCGACCGCUCGGACGACACCUUCGACAUGGCCAAGGGGAACCUGUCUCUGCUGGAGAAGGCUAUCGCCCUGGAAUCAGAGAGGGCCAAAGUCAUGAGGGACCGCAUGGUCUCAGAGCACAAGCAGACCAGACGAGACCACCACCACCAUCAUCAUCACCGCCACCAUCAUCAUCAUCGCGGCCAUGGUGAGCACAGCCCCAGGCUGAGCAGCACCGGUGAAGAGCGCAGGUCCAGAAUGCACCACGACGGCUUGCACAGAGCGUUCUACUCAAAAGAAUCUUCCAGGGGGGAGAAGAAGGAGAGCAAGUGCCCGACGCCCGGUUGUGACGGGACAGGACACGUGACUGGUCUGUACCCGCAUCACCGCAGCCUCUCUGGAUGUCCUCACAAGGACCGUGUCCCGCCUGAGAUCCUUGCCAUGUACGAAAAUGUUUUAAAGUGCCCAACUCCUGGCUGCUCUGGACGCGGCCAUGUCAAUAGCAACAGGAACUCGCAUCGCAGUCUUUCGGGUUGUCCAAUCGCUGCUGCAGAGAAGAUGGCCAAGGUGCAUGAGAAGAUUCACCCAACUGACAGCGGCAACAAGUCCAAUCAGACGUCAGACCGCGUCCUCAGGCCCAUGUGUUUCGUCAAGCAGCUGGAAAUUCCUCAGUACGGAUACAAGAACAACGUUCCCACCAGCACGCCACGUUCCAACCUGGCCAAGGAGCUUGAGAAAUACUCCAAGACCAGCUACGACUACAGCGCAUACGAGAGCCAGCAUGGCGCUUACGUAAGGAGAGGACCGCCGAGCAAGUCCCACCACAGUCGCGACACCUCCCCCAAGAGAUAUGAAGCCAAGCGCUACAGUAAGACGUCGAGCCCGGCCAGCAGCACCACCAGCAGCUACGCUCCCAGCAGCAGUAGCAGUCUGAGCUGCGGGGCUGGGCUUGGCGGCGGCGGGGGCGGAAGCAGCGCCAGCAGCACCUGCAGUAAAAGCAGCUUCGACUACACCCACGAUAUGGAGGCGGCACACAUGGCCGCCACCGCCAUCCUCAACCUGUCCACCAGAUGUCGGGAGCUACCGCACGCUCUGGGAGGGAAACCCCACGUCAUACUGACUCAGAGCGAAGUGGGUGACCUGGACGACGGCGGCGUGGUAGAUGUCGGGGGGCAGCCCGGCGGCCUCGAGGGCAGCGGGACAGUGCUAACCCCCCUGCAGCCCAUGUCCCCCCAGCGCCAGGCCCUGCUCAACAGCCAUCGCUACCAGCUGAGCGAGUCUGACUGCUGGGAGCUCCCUGUGGACUAUACCAAGAUCAAACGUGUUGACGAGGAACACGACCACAAGGAGGGUGAAGAGCCGGACCCCUUCCAGGAACUGCUGGAGGAGCAGCACUACCCGGCCCCGGUGACCGUGUCCAGCCCCAAACACCACAAGUACUCUCCCUGCAAGGAGACCAAGAAAGAGCUCCUCACGCUGUCCAGCUGCCAGCUGGCUGACAAGAACCUGCGAGGGAUGAUGACCACCAACUCCCAAGAGCUGAGGUGUCCCACACCUGGCUGCGACGGAUCGGGACACAUCACGGGAAACUACGCCUCCCACAGGAGCUUGUCAGGUUGUCCUCGAGCUAAGAAGAGUGGCAUUAAGGUCCUCCACAGCAAAGAAGACAAAGAUGAGCAAGAACCCAUCAAGUGUCCUGUCCCAGGCUGUGAUGGACAAGGUCAUGUGACUGGUAAGUACGCCUCCCACCGCAGUGCGUCUGGCUGCCCCCUGGCGGCCAAAAGGCAGAAAGACAGCUUCGUUAACGGCACGCAGUUCGCCUGGAAAGCCGGCAAGACAGACGGCAUGACAUGUCCCACUCCGGGCUGCGAUGGCUCGGGACACGUCAGCGGGAGCUUCCUAACCCACCGGAGUCUUUCCGGCUGCCCGCGGGCCACCUCUGCCAUGAAGAAGGCCAGAAUGAGCGGCGUGGACAUGCUGACAAUCAAGCAGAGAGCCAGCAAAGGCAUCGAAAACGACGAAGAGAUUAAACAGCUAGACGAAGACAUUAACGAUCUCAACGAAAACAACAAUCAAGUGGAGUCAGACAUGAUUAAACUGAGAACUCAAAUCACCACCAUGGAGAGCAGCCUAAAGUCCAUGGAGGAGGAGAACAAGGUGAUGGAACAACAGAACGACUCAUUGCUGCACGAGCUAGCCAACCUGAGCCAGUCGCUCAUAAACAGCCUCGCCAACAUACAGCUGCCUCAUAUGGAGCCAAUGAAUGAACAGAACUUUGACACGUACGUGACCACGCUGACAGACAUGUACACGCACCAGGAGCAGUACCAGAGCCCGGAGAACAAGGCCUUGCUGGAGAACAUCAGGCAGGCCGUUCAGGGCAUCCAGGUGUAGCCGACAGCACACACGCAAGCACACAACACGCUUUGUUGUCAUCUAGCGUCACUCUGCUGUCGCCGUCACGUCUUCUUUUCAUCGCCUCGCUUUGUUUGGAACCAACAUGCAACUUUUCUACAUUUUCAUACGACCUGAUACAAUGUGACAUACAGCUGCUCUGGUAUUUGUUGAUCAAUUGAUGGCUGCACGGUAAAGCUGGGCUCGUCCGGUGGGCGUGAAGAGCAAUCGGAGCUGGAGAUGCUUUGUAGUGCAUGUGACCUCACGAGGAGAAACAUCAUGACACGGAAACACGAUGGUGCAACAGUGUGAGGGAGGAGACAAUCGUAGUAAGCGAAGAGGACAGCAAUAUUGGCAUUGAUCACAUUUGAUAUCACGUGCAAUCACGAUAAACUAGCGUUUGGCUAUAUGCAAUUUCUUAUGAAUUACCGAGCAGAGAGAUGAUUUUUACUGCGUUUUGUAUCUUUUACUACAAUCAUCUCUGAGCUGAAAGGACACUUUGCACAUUUGUUUCCAUGUUUUCAUGUUUUUAUUGGCGGGCUAACACAUGUGCUUGUAGAUGUUGUUUCCUUAACGACGGCUUACAGGGUCAAACGUUUUCAUGUGCGGCGUCAUUGUGUUUUUGCACGGGUCGUGUGUGUCCAUACAUGCAGACUCUGUUUUUUUCUCACAUGCAUGCACUUUAUUGGCGAGUGGAGCAACAAUUGGACACACACACAGAUUGAUGAAGCUCUGCCUUCACAUUAUUUGCUUUAAAACUACCUAGAAAAACUUGAAAUGAUCAAUAUUUCUCCCCAUAAAACAUCCCCAAUUAACCCAUAAGAAUCCAGACAUUUCAAGUCAAAGAUGGUGAAAAUGCCACUGAGCACACUUAGAGGACAUUUAAAUACUAAUUGGUGUCAAAGAUGUCUUAUGUUACUCACUAAAGUACUCACAAAAGGUUGUGGAUAUUUGGUUUGAGGGUACAAUUUCAGGGUAAAACUAAAACUAAAACUUGUCUGAACUUGUGAAUGUCCAAAUGUUGAAUAGUUCACUACUUAUUAUGCACCUUGAACAAAAACAGUUGCCUUAUGUUUGACAUAAAGGUAUACUGCAGUACAGUGGUACCUCGGGAUAAGAGGACCUCAGUUUACGAGUUUUUUGGAAUGCGAGCUCUCGGCUAAGUGUUAUGCUUUAGAUUGCGAAUAAAAAUUGUGGUUACCCCCUGCCCCACAGCUAGUUUGCGUAGUGACUAUCACAGUGAAUCUCGUAAGAUCCGACCAAAACAUCCGAUCUUACUUGCCUGCAUUAGUUAAUAGCUAGAAAUUAACAUAACUUUGUUUUUCCAAGCAUGGUAAGGAAGAAAGUGAGUGUUAAGGUCAGUGCUGAGAAGAAAAAGUGGAUUAUAUUUGUUGAAUUAAAGAAAGAAAUCAUCAAAAACAUGACAGAGCGUGUAGCUAGCUAACUUGGUGAAGCAGUUGGAGCGUAUCACUGCUAGUCUGCACCAUACUGAAGCAGAAUGAGUCUAAAGGCUGGAAUAUACUCUCGUGUCACAUAACUUGCUCUUGGUUUGUUUAUAUAGCUCUUCCGCGGUGCUGGCACGUGACUCGCAAUUCUCUUGCCAAACCCUAAGGAGUGAGCAACUACAACUUGUUGACUAUCUUCCUGAGAGAGAGAGCUUCCUGUGUGUAGUAGUAGUUGUAAACAUGUAGUAAACAGUGGCGUCUGAAGCGAAACCCACUUUAAUGUUUGAGCUAAUCUUUUUAAAACAACGGUCACUUUUAAUGUUCACAUUGCUUCGAAACCUGAAGAAAAUAUGUUCGCGAAGGUGGGCUAUGCAACCCUAAACAAGUCUCGGCAAGAAGACGGGCAAAUUUGCAGCGCAAUUUGGCCGUUUCGGACAUGAGACAAGAGAGCGUUAUGUAACUGAAAACAAACAAAACUGUUAAAUACCUUUUAUAAUGACUUGCUGGUGUUAAUGUUUAUGUUCAUGUGUUAUUGAUGUUUAGAGUUCCCGUGUUUGUGAACAUACCGUGCCUGAAAGAUGAUUGACAGAAAAUAAGGAAGUGUUGUGUGAGAGAGAAGAAGACGUGUGUGCACAAGAAAAAAUAUGUUUCGGAAUUGAAUCUUUCGUUAUUAGAAGAUUGGCAAUACAUUAUAAAAAGAGCGUCGUACUUUGUGUGACUUCUUCUAGAUCAGUGGUUCUUAACCUUGUUGGAGGUACCGAACCCCACCAGUUUCAUAUGCGCCUUCACCGAACCCUUCUUUAGUGAAAAGUAGAAUGUUUUAUUUUAUUUUUUCAAAUUCAAGACAAAGUUAUGUUUUUUUACUGGUGCACAAAAUGAACCGUGCAUGAACAUCACUUUGUUCAAAGAACAACACAAACACAGUGCAUGAACUCACAACAAAUUACACACCUGCAAAUCAGAUGGAAAAUUAGAGGGGAAAUUUUCGGGGGUAUCCAUAACACGUCGAUAGGGAGAAGUUUUUAUUUACACAAUUAGUUGGGUGUGUCUUGACCUCAGCGGCGGAGGCUCCGCCGAACCCCUGAGGCCGAGUCACCGAACCCCUAGGGUUCGAUCGAACCCAGGUUAAGAACCACUGUUCUAGAUGAAACAUCACAACAAGCUGAAAAACAAAACAUAGAGUAAUUGUUUUUAGACCGCGUCGAGAUAUUAAGUCACAGUAAGUCAGUUUGCAUGCAAAUCUUGAAUCACUGUUGCUUUAUCUCAGGGGUGUCAAACUCAAAUACAGAGUAGGCCAAAUUUUAAAACUGAACAAAGCCGCGGGCCAAGUUUGAACAAAUUAACCUUUUAAUAGGGACCCAAACAAGUUUUGCAUUGAAUAUUGAACAAGCCAGGCUUAUAUAACUUUAUAGUGACAUGCAAAAUUGAGUUUCAAAUAAUAAUAAUAAUAAUUAAAAAAUAUCAAUGGCAUAUCAAAUACAAUUUAAAUAAAAAUUGAAUGCCUCUUUUCUAUUUGCAGCCUUCUUAGGUAAAUAUCAACAUUAACUUUUUCCACAGGCUAAUAAAUUUGAAAAUAAAAUAACAAUGAAUAAAACAACCAUUCAGGACUUUAAACUGUUCAGUUUGCAACACACUGAUCUAAUCUGAUUUGCCCAAGCCAGAUACCUGACAUCUUUUCUUGGAUGCUAGUUCAUUAAUAUCGUGGCUCAGGCUUUGAGCUGAGGCAACCUUCAUUAUCGAAUGAAGGUGUUCAUCAGUCAUUAUAUUUUGUCCACCCGGACCACAGUCUUGGGGGCGUGCCUUAAAUGCACUGCCUUUAACGUACUCUACGAGCUAUCGUCACGUCCGCUUUUCAUCCAUUCUAACAUCGUUCAGACCCAGUCACAAGAUAUGUGCGGCUUCUGUACGCACACACGAGUAAAUGCAACGCAUACUUCAUCAACAGCGAUACAAGUUACACUGAGGGUGCCAGU